AUGAAGCCCCCCUCAGGGCCGGAGGAGGCCCAGCGGCCUGCCUCGGACAUCUGCGUGUUUGCCAGCAGCUGCACGAUGCACGGGCUGGGCCACGUCUUUGGCCCGGGGGGCCUGACCCUGCGCCGGGGGCUGUGGGCUGCAGCCAUUCUCCUGUCGCUGGCCACCUUCCUCUACCAGGUGGCGGAGAGGGUGUGCUACUACAGGGAGUUCCACCACGAGACGGCCCUGGAGGAGCGCGAGAGCCACCGGCUCACCUUCCCAGCCGUCACCCUGUGCAACAUCAACCCGCUGCGCCGCUCACGCCUCACACCCAACGACCUGCACUGGGCCGGGCCAGUGCUGCUGGGCCUGGACCCCACAGAGCACGCCGCCUACCUGCGCGCCCUGGGCCGGCCCCCCACGCCGCCCGGCUUCAUGCCCAGCCCCACCUUCGACCUGGCCCGGCUCUAUGCCCGGGCCGGGCAUGCCCUCGAGGACAUGCUGCUGGACUGUCGCUACCGCGGCUGGCCAUGCGGGCCAGAGAACUUCACCACGAUCUUCACCCGGAUGGGACAGUGCUACACCUUUAACUCCGGCGCCGAGGGGGCAGAGCUUCUCACCACUCCCAAGGGCGGCAUGGGGAACGGGCUGGAGAUCAUGCUGGACGUGCAGCAGGAUGAGUAUCUGCCCGUGUGGAGGGACAUGGAGGAGACCCCAUUUGAGGUGGGGGUCCGAGUACAGAUCCACAGCCAGGAGGAGCCGCCACUCAUUGACCAGCUGGGCUUCGGGGCAGCCCCUGGCUACCAGACUUUUGUGUCCUGCCAGAAGCAGCAACUGAGCUUCCUGCCGCCGCCCUGGGGCGAUUGCAGCUCUGUACCUCUGGACCCUGACUUUGAGCUAGAACUCUCUGGUCCUCUGGGUCCCUCCAGUCCCAGCCCAGGCCCCAGCCCUCCAUAUAGUCUAAUGGGGUGUCGCCUGGCCUGCGAGACACGCUAUGUGGCUCGUAAGUGCGGCUGCCGAAUGAUGCACAUGCCUGGCGGUGCACCAGUGUGCAGCCCCCAGCAGUAUAAGGACUGUGCCAACCCAGUGCUGGACGCCAUGCUGCGGAAGGACGCGUGCACCUGCCCCAGCCCCUGCGCCAGCACGCGCUAUGCCAAGGAGCUCUCCAUGGUGCGGAUCCCCAGCCGCGCCUCCGCCCGCUACCUGGCCCAGAAACAUAACCGCAGCGAGGCCUACAUCGCGGAGAAUGUGCUGGUGCUGGACAUCUUCUUUGAAGCCCUCAACUAUGAGACGGUGGAGCAGAAAAAGGCCUAUGAAGUGUCUGCCCUGCUUGGUGACAUUGGCGGCCAGAUGGGGCUGUUCAUUGGGGCCAGCCUGCUCACUAUCCUUGAGAUCUUGGACUUCCUCUGUGAGGUGUUCCGGGACAGAGUCCUGGGAUACUUCUGGAACCAGAAGCGCUCCCAAAGACACUCCAGCACCAAUCUGCUUCAGGAAGGGCUGGGCAGCCAUCGAACCCAAGUUCCCCACCUCAGCCUGGGCCCCAGUGCUGUGGUCUGUGUCUCACCAGGCCUCCCACCACUCCCUGUGCUGUCACCAAGACUCUCUCUGCCUCCCACCGCACCUGCUAUCUCGUCACCCGGCUCUAGACUGGAUGUCUGAAUCUUCGGGGCCCCACCCCAACAUCCAGGAUGCGGCCAGCUUGCACGCGUCUUUGCUCUCUUCAUCCCAAAUAAAG